AUGAAUUCGUACAAUGAUAUGGAGGGGGGCCCAAAAUGGAGAAUGUUCCUAUGGAGAGCCGUUAGUAAUAGAUUGCCCACUACUACAAACUUGCUUAUAAAGAGGGUGGAGGUGGAUCCAAGAUGUGCCAUGUGUGGAUUAUUUCAAGAAGACAUAAUGCAUGCGUUGGUGUUGUGUGAUUUUGCAAAGAACAUUUGGGAUAAAUCUAACCUCACAAUUCCAAAUAUAAUCACAAAUAUUUUUUAUGUUUGGUUUGAUGAACUUCUAAAUGUUCUAGACUCUGAUGGGAUAUUCUAUGCAGUAGUAAUACUUUACAAUAUAUGGAGAGCAAGGAACAGGGUCGUAUGGGAAGCAACAUUGCCACGGCCGGAAGCGGUCCUCAAAAUUGCCGCGGCUGCCAAGCUGGCUUGGUCUCGGGCGCACCCGCAACAGCACACGGCACUGCCCACCACGCUCCUAGCAGCGCCAAAUCAGUCGCAAGAAAACGCCAAUCUCCGUGCGCCAGUUUCCACUGCUGCCAAACCACCUGGACUGCCAAGGCGCAUAUGCCGUGUGGACGGGGGGUAUUUGCAGGAGACGGGGCAAGCUACUUUGGGGGUACUGUUACUAGACUCGGACGGGGGGUAUUUGCAGGAGACGGGGCAAGCUACUUUGGGGGUACUGUUACUAGACUCGGACGGGGGGUAUGUCUCGGCAUUCAGUGGACCACUACAAGGAUGCUCCUCACCACUUAUGGCAGAGGUGCUCGCAUGUAAGGAGGCUCUAUCGUGGUUGAAAGAUCGGGGAGAACAGAAUGUUGAGAUCUUUACGGACUGUUUGACACUACAUCACUAUCUUACUACUCCAACUAUUGUGCUGCGCACAUAUCUAGGCUAUGCCAUUGACACUUGCAGGCUUAUUGCAUCUUCGUUUCAGUCUUGUUCGUUUUAUUUUAUUCCUAGAGUACAGAACCAUUUAGCUCAUGCUUUAGCUACUACGGCUUAUCAGCAAACUACAAUUAUGUAUUGGGAUCUACACCCACCGGAUAUUAUUUCGGCCUAUUUUUAA